CUUGAAAGUGCGGAGUCUCACAAGAUAUCACUCAACCAGUCAACACUGCCUUAGCAUAUCCAUUCAAACGAAAGAGCUUCUACCGACCUUCACGACCCGAACAUCAUGGCUCCCCCAACCCCCGACUUCCUUCUCAAUGAGAACGGCAUCCCGCCGUUCGACGCCCUUCCGCUCGGCAGAGACGACCCACGGUUCUCCGCCUGGGGCCUCUACGGCGACAACGAUGAGUUGGGGACGCUCAACAGGCUGACCGACGAGCGGGUCGCCGCCGCGGCCAGAAACGAGAUCAGGACCGGCGCAAGGGUAUCCCUGAACUGGUCCAUGACGGCCCAGCCGGCCCCCUUCUUCGCCCGCCGCGCCUUCCACCACGACCUCUUCCGCAAGCACCCGCGCUUCGUCAACGAUGACGUCUGGACCUUCAACUCGCAGUCCUCGUCGCAGUGGGACGGCCUGCGGCACUUUGGCUACCAGAAGGAGGAGCGCUUCUACAACGGCGUCUCCAUGGAUGAGGUCCACGCCGUCGACGAGGCGGGGAGGCGGUCGACGGUCAACGGCAUCCAGGCGUGGCAAAAACACGGCAUCGUCGGCCGAGGCAUCCUUGUGGACUACCAUACCUGGCGCCUCGAGCGGCAGAUCCCCUACGACCCCUUCGCCCGCGACUCCAUCCCCGUAUCGGAUCUGAAGACGUGUCUCGAGGCACAAGGUACCGAGGUUAAGUUCGGCGACAUCCUCCUGACGCGAACAGGCUUCAUGACCGCCCACGCCGGCAAGUCCGCCGAAGACCUCGAAACCUACCGCGCCGCCACGCCGCAGACCUUUGGCGGCGUCGCGCAGUCCGAGGAGACGCUCCGCUGGGUCUGGGACAACUUCUCGGCCGUCGGCGGCGACCAGCCAUCCUUCGAGUGCUGGCCGCACCGCGACCCGGAGCACUGGAUGCACGAGGUCCUGCUCGCCGGCUGGGGCAUGCCUAUCGGCGAGCUCUUCGAUCUCGAGGCACUCGCCGAGCGGUGCCGCCGCGAGGGGCGGUGGAGCUUUUUUGUCGUGAGUGAGCCGUGCAAUGUUCCCGGCGGGGUGGCCAGUCCGCCCAAUAUCCUGGCAAUUUUCUGAAGUCCUCAGAGUCCACGAGUAGAGACGGGCAAU